CAACGGCGUCACACCUGUGGUCGAAGAAGACAAUAAAAAACUAAAUGGCCGCCUCUCUCAAAAUAAUUUUGUCCGGAUUUCUUGUAAAAUAGUUUUUUUUUUAACUUGUUUUUGUGUUCGUACCUUAACUUUGAUGUAGCGCACAUUUAUCCAGGUCGAGGUGAGAACACAACAAUAGAAUACGUAAUUAACAACAAGCUAGCCAUUUUUUACGAACGGUAGCGCGAAGACAAGAAAGGUGUAAUAUUCGUUUUUCUGUCUACUUCACCUGGAGGACCUUUUACCAUCAAAUAAAUGACGAGGGUGUCGUGAGAGGCGGUAUCUACCCGCUCCCUCCGCCAGGUGGUAGUGGAAGGGAGGCUGGCCAAAGCCUCCUCCCCGAGUCCUAGCUCCUCCUGACUGACGCCCGGCGCGUCACGCUGCCCACCAGCCCACCUUUUGGAAGUUCCACAGCAGCACGGCAGGUACGCCGAGGGGUCGGCCGGAAGACGCGGCACCGCUCAGCGUCAAGUUUGCGGUUAUUUUUACGACGACAAAUCGGGGCCAAACAUGACGGAGCAAGGGAAGAAGGUCAUUCUGCUGGUGGUGGAUGUUCUCUGCGUCUUCAUCGCGGCGCUGCCCUCAGCCAUCCUGACGCUGAUGUUCAGCCCCUACCAGAGAGGCAUCUACUGCGACGACAAGAGCAUCAACUACCCCUACAGGAGAGACACCAUCUCUCAUGGAGCCAUGGCCGCCGUCACCAUCACCAGUUCCAUAGUCAUUAUCACAACCGGCGAGGCCUACCUGGUGCAUACCAAGCGUCUGCACUCCAACUCCCAGUUCAACCAGUACCUGUCGGCGCUCUACAAGGUGGUGGGCACCUUCCUGUUCGGGGCUGCCGUCAGCCAGUCGCUCACCGACCUGGCGAAGUUCACCAUCGGACGGCCCAGACCCAACUUCUUGGCUGUGUGCGCCCCCGCCAGCUGCAGCGGGUAUGUGCUGCACAUCAACUGCACCGGCAGCUUGCGCAACGUCACCGAGUCCAGGUUGUCCUUCUACUCGGGCCACUCGUCGUUCGGCAUGUACUGCAUGCUCUUCCUGUCGCUGUACGUUCAGGCCCGCAUGCAAGGCAAGUGGACGCGUCUGGUGCGUCCCACCGUCCAGUUUUUCCUGGUGGCCUUCUCCUUGUACGUGGGUUACACGCGCGUCUCCGACUACAAGCACCACUGGAGCGACGUGCUGGUGGGACUCCUGCAGGGGGCGCUCAUUGCGGUUCUCACUGUUAAAUAUGUCUCGGACUUCUUCAAGCAGCGUGGCGAGCCGGCGUGCACGCGGACGGACGCGGUCGACGGCGAGCGUCUGGAGCGCAAACCCAGCACGCAGCGCACCAACCACUACAACUAUUCGCCACCCGUAUGACACGCCGGCACGCAGCCACCGACGCCAUUUCAUGUCCGGAACCACUAACUGGGACUUCAAAUCCCCUCCACCAACACACUUGUAUAUCUACAAAUACACUAUAAAGUCAAAUGUACAAGUAUCGUCUCAAUAUGUGCAAUGAUGCAAUAUUUUUGUUAUGGUUUGUUUGGAGCGUUGAUGCUGUGACUUGAUAGGGGGAAAAAUGUGUGAAAAAAACCAAACAAACCUUUUUUUAUUUUUGGGAUAAGACUGUUGCUGCUUUACCACUAAAUUUUUUACAUUUUACAAGCAGACCACUCACUGCUUGAGCUAACACAUUUUUAUUGCAGUAUUGUUUUUUUUUUUUUUUUUAUAUCCAUGACUACUGUACCUUAUCUAAUAAACUGUGCUGUUAUUUUUAACAAUGUUUUAGUGCUCACAUUCUGUGAAGAAUGAAUGCAUGAGGUGUAGUAUUAGGAGUUUUCAGAAUAUAUAUAUAUAUCCAUCCAUCCAUCCAUUUUCUACCGCUUAUCAGGGUCGGGUCACGGGGGCAGUAGCUUUAGCAGGGGCGCCCAGACUUCCCUCUCCCCAGCCACUUCCUCCACCUCUUCCGAAGUGAUCCCGAGGCGUUCCCAGGCCAGCCGAGAGACAUAAUCUCUCCGGCGCGUCGUUCCCGGGGUCUCCUCCCGGUGGGUCGUGCCCGGAACACCUCACCGGGAGGUGUCCGGGAGGCAUCCAAAUCAGAUGCCCCAGCCACCUCAUCUGGCUCCUCUCGAUGUGGAGGAGCAGCGGCUCUACUCUGAGAUCUUCCCGGAUGACCGAGCUUCUCACCCUAUCUUUAAGGGGGAGCCUGGACACCCUGCAGAGGAAACUCAUUUCUCUAAACUAACUCUCAUUUCGGUCAUGACCAAAAGAACAAGAUCCCGGAGGAUCACUGCAGACGCCGCAUCGAUCCGCCUGUCGAUCUCCCGUUCCAUUCUUCCCUCACUCGUAAACAAGACCCCAAGAUACUUGAACUCCUCCACUUGGGGCAGGAUCUCAUCCCCGACCCGGAGAGGGCACGCCACCCUUUUCCGACCGAGGACCACGGUCUCAGAUUUGGAGGUGCUGAUUCUCAUCCCAGCCGC